AUGAACAGGUCAAAUUUACAUCUACAUUUUUUUGUACAGAAAAGGUGGAACUCUAUAGACUAUUUACUAAAGUCUAUACCACAGUCUCCGCGAACUACAAAUAUCUACCAAUCAUCUAAAAGCUCAAAAUCUAAAAAAUCUAAAAAUCUACCAUCAGAAAGACAACUCAAGUCUUAUAGAAACAGUAUUGUGUCGCCUUUACGAUUAAAUGAAAUAUAUUCUCCUAGCUGGCGUACAUCGUACAAGGAAAAUGAUUUAGUGAAAUCCUGUCAAUUUUUCGGAAAUGCAAGAGUUGAAUUAGACUGGACAUUGGCAGACUACGACGAAAUACCCGACGUUAAAUAUGCAAAAUUAGCAAAAGAAAGAGAAGAGAAAUUAAGUAGCAUUGAUCCAUAUUCCAGAAACGAAACCACUGAAUCCAUGUUAAACUCUAGAAAAACUUUUGGUAUCAGACCAGAACUAUUGCGUGCCCUCCCAGAAGUGCUAUUUAUGGGCCAUACAAAUGUUGGAAAAUCUUCUUUAAUCAACGGCCUCCUAGUAAAAAACAAGUCUAUUACGGGACCCACACAACUAGCAUAUGUCUCUGCACGUGCUGGUUUCACUAAAACCAUCAAUUGUUUCAAUUUCUCCAAGAAGCUCAGGAUAAUUGACAGCCCAGGUUAUGGAGAAUACGGAGAUUUGAAACAGGGAAAAGUUGUUGUGGAUUACAUAUCAAGGCGUCAUCAGUUAAAAAAAGUGUACGUGUUAAUUGAUUCUGUUGAAGGAUUUCGUGAAGAGGACUCGUAUAUCUUCAAUUUGUUAAUAGAUGAAGGAGUGCCCUUUGAUAUUAUAUUUACUAAAGUGGAUAAUGUGGUCCUGAAAUAUAUUCCUAAAAAUGCAUUUGAGGCGAACAAUUGCUAUGAUUUGAUUCAAACCUGUAAUGAUCGAGUAGUGGAACACUAUGGAAAGCUCAUCACUAGUUCUGGUCUACAGGAUAUUGCCAUGACUCCAACAUUUUUGUUUAGUAAUGCCAACACCAAUAAAUUUUUACCUAAGCCUGCAGGAAUGAAUGAAAUCCAAAGCAAUAUCCUUGAUAGUUGCAAUUUGCUUUGA